AUGCGGCUGAGGAACGGUGGAGCGAUCCUGUCCACUUUUCGACUACCAACUCGGGGAUGCGGUCUUUUGGGCGCUGGUUUGGGUCAUAACCCGGUCGUUAUAAGUACGAUACGAGACAAGCCCAUAGGCCCUCUAGAGGGCAUAAAGGAGGUCGAGAGGUUGUUGGACGAGGCGUACACUAAGGCAUGCGGAAAGGACCAUCGAGUCUUCGGGGAGGUUCAAGUUGGGUCUAGAGAAUACGACCGUCUCUGGAGGUCUCAAGGCUUCUCUCCGACCUAUGGUGAGAUCACACCAACGGGUGUAGCCUAUCUCUUCGGCGUUAUGCUGCCGCCUCGGCCCGUGGAGCACUUCGUGGACCUUGGUUCGGGUAUGGGCAAGCUGUGUCUGCAAGCCUGGCUGCAGUUCGGUCACCAGCUGUCUUCUAUUACGGGAGUUGAGCUCAGCAAAGUGCGGCAUAAGCGGGCAGUUGCGGCGGCCAUGGAAUUGGUCACUACUGAGAGAAUUCAGGGUCAAUGGGUGCCCGACAGUGCCCAACUGGAUCUUGUUCUGGGGGAUAUGUUCAAACUGCCCCUGCAUGACAAAACCUUCCUAUACUGUGCUAAUUUAACUUUCAGUCCCGAGAUACUCAGUAGACUGAGUCGGAAGAUCCUAAGAGAGUCUCCGUCCGGGACUAGAGUCGUCUCAAUGCGACCGUUGACCGGCGUUCCCAUCACAGAGCCACAGGAGUGCAAAUUGGCGAUUCGCGGCAUCCCCGAGCCUCCCAAAGUCAAGCCGGCAAUGGGAGCGUUUUACGACGAAGACGAUGGUCCUCUGGUGACGGCCCCACCAAUGCCAGCAGACCCUGAGUUCGACGAUAGUAUCGACCCAGCGUGGGAAGGGAUGACACGGUCUCGCAGGUCCUUCCCGAGGACGCGCUUACUCAGAAGGGACAUCAGGAACCCGCGUCGAUCCUUGUGUGGACUUAGGCGUAGAAGGUCUGUUGGGCAGCCGCUUGAGACAGACCGUAAAAUGCUCAAAUUGGUUGACCAUUUGGACCUUCCCAUGACGUGGAGUAAUCACACUCCACUCUAUGUCUACGGAGUUGUCAUGGCUCCCUUAUAAUAAUUCACACUGAUUUCUUACCAGUUUGUUUCUAUGACGGUUUCUGAGCUC